ACGCAGACCAAACCAACAAGUGAAUCUGCAGUGAGCAGCACAGGAGACCCAAUGCACCACAAACGCUCCAAAAUGAAACCAGAGGAAGAACUGCCGAGCCCAGGCGCAGUGAGCGUACAGGACCAUCCGGACGGGAUGACGCUGGUGAAAGAAGAAGGGGACAAAGAUGAGAGCAAACAAGAGCCAGAGGUGGUGUACGAGACAAACUGCCACUGGGAGAACUGCUGCCGCGAGUUUGACACGCAGGAGCAGCUAGUGCAAGUGAGUAUCGCACAUUUAAAAAAAAUAAAAAACAAAAAGUGGCACAAGCUGCUUAUUUCGACUCCAGCACUGAACGCUUUAUUAUUCAUGUAA